AUGGGAAAUCAACAUUCACGACAAUCAAGACAAUCAAAACGACGACGCUUUAAAGAAACUUCCAGCAUAUGCUCUAAUGAAUAUUCGCCAAGUUCAACAGAUUCGAGGAAUUUCUCUUCGCCAAUUGAAGAUCAUUUAAAAGCUGGAGGGUUACAAAUACUGGAUAUUGGAUGUGGUCCAGGAACAUGGAUGAUCGAUAUGGCCAAAACAUAUCCAUUAUGCUCAUUCACAGGUGUCGAUAUUUCUCCACUUUACCCCUUUAAUGAACUACCAGAAAAUGUUGAAUUUAUACAAGCCAAUCUGCUUGACGGCCUGCCAAUUGAAAAUAGCAAAUUCGAUUUUGUGGUCAUGCAUUUUUUGACAAUACGACAAUGGAAACCAAUAAUCAAAGAAGCUGCUCGUGUUAUGAAACCUGGAGCAUGGCUUGAGUGGAUGGGUUAUGAUCCAACUUUAAGAAAUCAAGGAGAAAAUACGAAAAAAUUAAGACAAUCUUUAUUGGCAGCAUCAAAAUCAAAAGGUGUAGAUCCGUGGAUAAUAACUGAAUUUCCAAGAAUAUUAGAUAAUUCAGGGAUAUUUGUAAAUAUACUAAAUGUAAAACGAACAGCUGUAUAUGGUUCUAUUGGUGGAAAAUGUGGUGAACUGUGUGUAGAUAUCUCUAUUAGUACAUACCAAGCUCUGAAAAAGGCGACUAUGGAAUUUAUGAGUCUCACGUCUCAAGAAUAUGACCUGCUACUUAAUAAUGUACGCGAAGAGUUUGAGCGAUAUCAAACGAUUAUGGAACUGCAUCGGUUUUGUGCACAAAAAAUUAUGAUUGAUAUCGAAUAG